UCUUGCAUUAUCAUUUUACACAAUAGGCUGUUAUAUUGUGUUUUGAUGUCCCUGUACAAAUUUAUUAUGCAUACUGUGUUGUUGUUUUUUUGUUGUUGUUGUUUUCCUAACGUGUUGGAACGUACUGCUUCGUGAGCUUUCGUUUUCGUUUGUUUCAAAAACCAGAUGAUCCUGCUGAAGAUUGGUUGCACACCUCUCACGGUUUUCGUUGACGUUUGGAGGAACACACCGUCAAAGCAAUGGACACUGAUGAAUAUGACUUAUAUACAGCAGGCACUGAGAAUCAAGAUGCUGGACCAACUCUGGAUGACAUGACGCAUCUAAACAUCACAAUGGAUCGAACAUACUUACAGUCAGAGGAGGACAUUUAUACAGCCCAUGAUGAAAUGCCACAACCCUCAGCACCACUGGAUAUCGCUAAAUUUAAAAUCAAAGUGGACUGGACAGAACCAUUUCCAGAGAGAUGGAGAGCAAGAUUACAGAAAGCCCUUCAGAGCUGGUUGUCCAGACUGGAAGGAAAACCAUCUGUUCUCAGUCUUGAACUCAUGGAGGAUCCAUCCUGUGCAAAGGUGCAGAUGACACCAUCAAGAGCUCUAGAGGUUCUAAAACAACACACAACUAUAUAUUUGAAGUUUAAAGAUAAAGAUAAAGAUAAAGAUAAAGAAAAGGAAGUGGCUACACAGAUUUGUCUGGAUGAGGCACAUUCUGUGACAGUACCACAGAAGUCCCUGCUGGAGGAUAAAGGAGCUCCAUCAUCAAAGAUGAACAACUCAAUGCCUGUGACUUCUACAGAUGCAGAUGUUGAGGACAUUGCUGCAUCUAAUAGAGCUCCAAAUGAGACCAAGACCACUAAAACUGUUGAAAUGACCCCUGAGACACCAGCUACAUUCACUCUCCCCUUAUAUCAGUCUUGGUACAUGCUUCAUGUUUACAGUAAAGAAGUGGAGCAAAUUAAGAAACAGCACGGAGUCUCUUUUUGUGUAGAAGUGUCAGUCUCAAUCAAACCUACUGUGAACUCAAGCCCUGAUUAUGUGUCUAAAGCCUCUGAGCACUUUCAGAAACUUGCUCAGGAAUGUCUGGAUCGAUUUAGUUAUGUUGCCAUUAAUAACAAUGACAUGGAUUCAGAUAUUAUGAAACAGGCCAUUAAUGCUGUCAAACAAGAGGAUACAAAGAUGAUGUUCACCAUGUCUGCUAGUAACUGCCUGUUCUUUGGACCAAGGAAAUUUAUAGACAUUAUUAAAAGAGAGACAGUGGAAAGACAACUCAUUAACAAAUCAAGUAAAAUGGAUGUAGAUAACAAUGUUUCUCCACAAAGCAGAUCUUCAUUGCACAUGGACACAAAGGACCUUCCAACUCACCUUGAAAUGGACAAGGUUCAUUGGGAUCUAAUGAAACUUUCCUAUAAGGAACAGUUAUCACAGCUUGAAACAAAGUACGGAGUGUCAUUUCAUGAAGAGAAACUUCAGAACAAUUUGAUCAUUAAAGUUCAAGCUCGAUCUGCAGGAGUUCAGCAUAUAAAUCUUGAAAGUCAUGCCCUCAAAGCUUUAACACAUCUCUACCAGAAACUUACCUCGGCCGUUGUGAGCUGUGAACUCACAAACCCUGCAUAUAAAACUGCUGUUGCUCCAAUGGUAGAGAAACUACAGCAGCGGCGUUAUUGUGUUGUUGUAACAGAUGCAUUCAGUCCCUGGAGGCUCACUGGACUGCCAGAACAUCUCGGUCCUGCCAUUGUUGAUAUUGAGAAGAAACUUCAGAAGUAUGUAUUUAAUGAUAAGAUGAAGAAAUUGAAUGGAUACUCAGGUGACAUUCCUAAUGCAAGAGGAAUCAAAAGGAAUCAGAUGCCUGAUUAUGGACCAGGAGCAGUAUGGGAUGAGGGAGUGAAUUUUAGAAGUCGAAGUGAAGCAGAUACGGGUUUCAAUGAAGAUUCAAAAAUCAGUUGUAGUGGCAGUAAAGGAGCUCAUGCUGAAGAGGAGAUGUGUGCUAUUUGUAUGGACAGCUUCAUUGACAAGAGAAAACUGAAAUGUGGGCAUGAAUUCUGUCAGGAAUGUAUAAGGAUGUCUGGGAGCGAGAGUCUGGGAUUCAUCUGUCCUGUUUGUACGAAAGUGUUUGGGAAAUUGGAGGGAAACCAACCAGAUGGAACAAUGAAUGUAAGAAGGAGCAGACAGAGUCUCCCUGGAUAUCCAGACUGUGGCACUAUUGAAAUACACUAUGACAUACCCAACGGUAUUCAAACGAAGAUGCAUCCAAACCCAGGAAAGCCUUUUCGUGGGACAUAUCAUUACGCAUACUUGCCUGACAACAAUGAAGGAAAUGAAGUGCUCAGACUGUUGCAGAGGGCUUUUAAACAGAAACUAAUUUUUACUGUUGGAAAAACCACUGGUUUAGAGAAUGCUGUCACCUGGAAUCAUAUUCAUCAUAAGACCAACAUGCACGGCGGCCCUCAGAAUUACGGCUAUCCAGACCCUAACUACCUGAAGAGAGUGAGGGAUGAAUUGAAGGCCAAUGGCAUUGAAUGAGGAUUUGAUUUGAAUGUUCUCAAAUGGAAAAAUGUUUAAUAAUUACAAACAUACUAUAUACUGAUUAUUAAAUGUAAAC